AGCAGUCAGGAGACAAAGGUUAACAGAAGUUAGUGGGGCAGGUGGCGCGGAGAGACAGCAGGGGUCAAACUGUUGUGUUUAUCAGAAGACACAGAUCUGGCUGUGUAGUUCUCAAGGUGCGCGCGUGUGUGUGUAGCUAGCUGUGUGUGUGAAGAUGAGGCUGAGCGGCGUGCUCGUGUGUGUGCUCCUGCUUUGGGCUGAAGGGUCCUGGGCUGACACACCAGCCAACUGCAGCUAUGAGGAAUUGCUGGGGACAUGGGAGUUCCAGUUGUCCAAAGGAGGACAUGACAAGACCAUCAACUGCUCGGCUGAAGCUACAGGGGAGAGCACGGUGACUGUGACCCUGGAGAAACUGUCUGUAGCCACAGAUGAGCUGGGAAACACCGGCUUCUUCACCAUCAUCUACAACCAGGGCUUUGAAGUGGUCAUAAAUGGGUACAAAUGGUUCGCAUUUUUCAAGGUAAAAAAUGCAUAGAUUAUACACUGAAGAGGCCCCAAGGUGACCAGCUACUGUGACCAGACCCUGCCAGGGUGGGUCCAUGAUGUUCUGGGGAACAACUGGGCCUGUUUUGUAGGGAAGAGAGUGAAAUCAGCGCCACCCCGAAUAGAUUACAAACCAUUCAUGAGCAGCAGGCUGCAACAGAAGCCAUACAAACACAACCUGGACUUCAUUGAUUCCAUCAACUCUGUUCAGAAAUCCUGGAAGGCAGUACCCUACCCAGAGCAUGAGAUGUACACUCUGAAGCAGCUGCAGUAUCGAGCGGGAGGGCCCGCCUCACGUAUUAGGCGUGUUCGCCCGAUGCCUGUGAAUGCUAAUCUAGCGAAGAUGGCGGCAGCUCUCCCGGAGCACUGGGACUGGAGAAACAUUGAUGGUGUUAACUUUGUCAGCCCUGUGCGAAACCAAGCAUCCUGUGGAAGCUGCUACUCCUUUGCCACCAUGGGAAUGCUGGAAGCUCGUAUUCGAAUCCUCACCAACAACAGUGAGACUCCUGUCCUCAGUCCCCAGCAUGUAGUCUCCUGUUCGGAGUAUUCUCAAGGUUGCGAUGGCGGGUUCCCAUACCUGAUUGGAAAGUUUAUACAGGAUUUUGGCAUUGUGGAUGAGUCGUGCUUUCCAUAUGUCGGGAAAGACUCUCCGUGUGAUGUUCCUCAAAACUGUGGCCGCAUUUACACCGCGGAGUACAACUACGUUGGUGGAUUUUAUGGCGGCUGCAGUGAGGCGGCCAUGAUGUUGGAACUGGUCAAAAAUGGACCCAUGGGAGUGGCCUUUGAGGUCUACCCUGACUUCAUGCACUAUAAGGAGGGCAUCUACCACCACACAGGCCUCGCUGACGCCUUCAAUCCCUUCGAGCUGACCAACCAUGCCGUGCUGUUGGUCGGGUAUGGUCGCUGCCACAAGACCGGACAGAAGUACUGGAUUGUCAAGAACAGCUGGAGCACCAGCUGGGGUGAGGAUGGCUACUUCCGAAUCCGCCGGGGCAGUGACGAGUGUGCCAUUGAGAGCAUUGCAGUCACAGCCAAUCCCAUCCCCAAACUGUAGAGCCGUAAACUCAGGAUGAAAGGAAGAAGUGGUUUUAACAUCCGACCACUGUAGAUUUUGUAAAAUUAGGCAUCUAUUCAUCCUACAUUAUUGAAAAACACAAGUUUUGACACAUACCAUCUACAGAUUUGAUUUGGAAGGAAACUUCUGCUCUUUCGAUGCCAUGGAUUUCGAAUGCCAGACAACCACUUUGCUUUAAUUUUUAAAAAAAUGUUUCCUCAUUUCACCAAUCACUGAUUAGCUGCUUAUGAACAAAUUAAUUCAAGCUGUAACUGCCGACACAAACUUGAAAUCAAAAUGCCUCGGUACAUGCUGUGACAAAUAAUGAAGGGUAAUCUUUUCUUACUUAAAGGGAACUGGAAACAGGAGUCAGUGUUUUGUGUUUUGCCUGUCAGAUGCAGGACCUUGUCAGGGAAGCAACAGUGGAAAAUUAUAUCUGUCCUUGCAUCAAAUUGAAACCAUAACUGCCAUGCUUCUGUGUGGGGCAUUUAUAAGAGAAUUCUCGAUCACUAAAGGGAUGUUACUGGUUGUACUGCCUUUUUAUUCUGAUUUGCACUGUUAGUUUUUUUUUACAUUUGACAGAAUAAAAGCAUUUGAAAAUGUCAAA